GCAACUACUCUUACACAAAUGGUUAAAGAAACUAAACUAUACGAUAUAUUAGGGGUUGCCCCCUCAGCAUCAGAGUCUGAAUUAAAGAAGGCCUACAGAAAGGCCGCUUUGAAAUAUCAUCCUGAUAAACCUACUGGUGAUACCGAAAAAUUCAAAGAAAUCAGUGAAGCUUUCGAUAUUUUAUCCAACUCCGAUAAAAGACAAAUUUAUGAUGACUAUGGGAUAGAAGCUGCCCGUGGAAAUGCGCCUGCUGAAAACCCAUUUGCUGGGGGUGGUGGUGGUGGUGGUCAUCCAUUUGCUGGAUUUGGUGGUCCUGGAGGCCAUUCAUUCUCUCAAAAUGAUGCAUUCAACAUAUUCUCACAAAUGGGAGGGUUUGGAAUGGAUGAGGGAGGAUUCAGUUUUGGUGGUGGAAUGCCUGGUGGAUAUGGUGGUGGUGGAAUGCCUGGAGGUUUCGGUGGUGCAAGCAGAGGAGGUGCUUCAAGAAGACCUGAACCUGAUACGGUGACAAUGCCUUUGGGAGUGAAAUUGGAAGAACUUUACAACGGGUGUGUGAAGAAAUUGAAGGUUAAUAGAAAAGAUCCAAAUGGUACCAGAAACUCAAAAACUUUAGAGGUUAAUAUUCGCCCUGGCUGGAAGGCUGGUACCAAAAUUACUUUCAAAAAUGAAGGAGACUAUCAACCAGAAUGCCAGGCUCGCCAAACCAUCCAGUUUGUCUUGGAAGAAAAACCACAUGAACUGUUCAUCAGGGAUGGUAAUGAUUUAAAGAUGGUGAUUCCUUUAACGUUUAAGGAAAGUCUUUGUGGAUUCGAUAAAGAAGUCACUACCAUAGAUGGUAGAAGAAUUCCCUUGUCUCGAACAUCUCCUAUUCAACCUUCCAGUGUCAACUCAUACCCUGGUUUAGGUAUGCCCAUAACCAAGAGUCCUGGACAAAGAGGUGAUUUGCACAUCAGCUAUAAGAUUGAUUAUCCCCAUUAUUUAACACCAGAACAAAAACAGAUUAUCCAACAGUACUUUUAAGAACAUAAAAACAUGCAUAUAGAUGUUAACGAUACAAUAACCCAUCAUCUUUUAUAUAUUUUAAUAUAAUGGUCAAACAUU